AAAAGCUGAACAUCUUUUCUUUGUCUCUUAUAGUACAGCUGCUACACUCUUUUUGGAUGCUAAGAAAGCAAAAAUGAAAAUGAUAGCUUCUUCUGCUUACUACUGCUGACGCUCUCUCUCACUUUCUUUUCUUCUCCAGGACAAAUACUGAAGGACUUAAAUAUAUAAAGAGCUCUGCAGUGUCCUCAUUGUCUGAUACAAAGCAACAAAAAAGAAGUGAAAUUCCUGAGGAGUCUGAAGUCGAAAGUUUGAGCUUGUAGACAGUCAGCUGUGUAUAUAGACAAUGGAUGACUAUCUUGAUCAGUAUUUCUCUUGCUUAUCAUGGUCAGAUGUAAAUGUCAAGGAAAGGUCAUCUUGGGUCCAUAGUGAACCUGAAAAGCCAAAUGCAUUGCUGUCUAGUUCACUAGGAGUAUAUCAAGAUGAUAAAAAUAAUUCACCUGUAAGCAUGAUUAACUCGAACUACAGCAUGGGGUGCUUAGCUGCACAUGGUACUCCUCUAGUUCCUCACGGAGAGUCAGGUUGUGGUGUUGAACAUAGUUUGUUGUCUGGGGAAAGUGGACCACAAAUGGAUGGUGAAAAUUGUCUCCGUAACUCCUCAAAAGAGAUGCUGAAUGUAAGCUUCGGAUUUGGAAAUCUGGAACUGCAAUUUAUUACAGCUGUUGACUCCUCUGGCUCACUGAGCCUUGGUUCUUCAAAGGAUCUUCCAGUUGUUGCUGAUAUGACUCCUUCUUACUCGUCUAAUGAGAGAGGGCAUGCAAUAUGCAAUGGAGGUGAAUCUUCUGAGUUUCAGAGGUCACUUACAGGCUUGGAAACUCUUUCUUCAAUUCCACAAUUAUGGCAUCCACAACCUUAUGACACUGUUUCUUCCAUUCCCACUUUGAUUGAACAAACCAGAAUGCAGAGCUCUUGUCUUCAACGAGAAAAUGGAAAUGUAGAUGAUGAUGGAAAUAUUAACAGGUUUGUUGAGAUUGAUAAAAUUCUGCAACCCGAGAACUUAUUCGCCUCAGUCAAUGAAAAGGGAAAACAAGAUAUGCAAAAUUCUCUUUACCCUUCUUUUCCUGCCGACCACCAGAUAACAAAGACUAUGAUUGGCUUACCCUCUCUGGAGCAGAGUGCAUCACCUACUCCAAACAAUGAUUGCAAUGGAAUUGGGAAACCUCGAGUAAGAGCACGUCGAGGUCAGGCUACUGAUCCACACAGCAUUGCAGAGAGGCUUCGAAGAGAGAAGAUUGCUGAAAGGAUGAAGAAUCUGCAAGAGCUUGUACCUAAUUCCAAUAAGACCGACAAGGCCUCUAUGCUUGACGAAAUCAUAGAGUAUGUCAAAUUUCUUCAACUGCAAGUCAAGGUACUAAGCAUGAGUAGGCUAGGGGCAGCAGGAGCAGUUGUUCCUCUCAUCACUGAUGGUCAAGCUGAGGGAUCCAAUGGCUUAUCACUUACACCGUUGGUGGGUCAAGGAGUUGAUUUUUCACCGUCUCCUGAUCAAGUUGUUUUCGAACAGGAAGUGGUGAAGCUCAUGGAAUCCAAUGUGACAAUGGCCAUGCAAUAUCUGCAAAGUAAAGGUCUCUGCCUUAUGCCGAUUGCACUCGCUGCUGCCAUAUCCAAUGGAAAGGCAUCGUCAUCACCAGGUCAUGCUUCUGAGGAGAGGAAGAAAUUGGCCUUCACAAAAAGUCUAGUAAACAAUGACAUUGUUCACAACACCUAUAGCAGCAAUGGUCUUGUUCAAAACUCCAAUUGCAGCAGCAGCAGCAGUAGCAGUAGCAGUAGCAGCAGCAGUGGCAGCUUGCCUGGUGUUGGGAUUAAUCACAUGACCUCUGAUAGUAAUUUUAUGAUUGGAAAGUUCAGUGCUGGUCUUAUGGCCAAUGGUCGCAAUGGCACCUUCAAACAAGAAGUGAACACUCUGUGCACUGCCAAAUGACUGAAUCCUAAACUGUAGACGGUAGGCUUGAACACUAAAACGCCCACUUAUUAACCAAGUAGAUAUAAGACUUGUUAUCUAGACUGUUGAAAACUUUCUUUAUUCCAUGUUUGUUCUUUUCAUUUGUUCCCUUUUCUAUAUGUUUUGCUUCGUUUUCCCUGUUAUAUAUCUUUUGCAUGACAAGCAGUGUGGGGUAAGUUGAUUGGAAAUAUGUACAUAAGUACAUAUAAUGGAGAUCUCAUUGGUGAAUUUAAGAACAUGCAGAUUUAUAUUUACAGCGAAUUAUUUUAUUAAAAAACUGCUUCAUCUUUAGUUGCUACAAACCUUAUACUUGCUGCAGAAAUCCCACAAAAUUAUGUUAAGUCCCCAUCCAAUAACCACGACCUCUUGGCUCUCGGCACCGUCUUCAUUUGUCCUGUUGCUAUGAGAUACAGCCAAUCCCAACCACCCCAUCUAAAAGUCCACAAGUAGACCGAGGCUUCUGUUGCCAUCUUCUCCCUGGGAUUCUAUGUUUUCAUUUUCCAUCCUGGUGGCACUGUGACGAGUGAAUAUAAACCAUCCAUUUUCCAUUCCGCUACCAAUAAAGAGUUCAUGUUAUAAAAAUCUAACAUUGAUUGG